AUUGGAAGUUCCUGGCAGCCCUGGCUUCCGACCCCUGGCCCCCGGACCCGAAAUGGUCCCAUUUUAUUACAUAAGGCACCUCAGUACAUAUGUACUUGAGUUGCAGAUCUUAACCAUAUAUGGAAGAUUCGGAGCCGGGACCACGCAUUUCAAGCUAACCCUCAGAUGAUUGAUAUCCGCUAACCAGAUCCAGGUUCAGGGACCCAGAAUCAAGAACCAAUCAAACCACAUUUUUACAUCUCAGCCUUAAACGAUUUUCGACAGAGCCUCGAAAUUUCAACCUCAGAGAAGUCCUCCAACCAUUAUCCUCGCCUCUUUCUUAUACCGUCGCAUCGCAUUCCCCGCGAUUGGUACCCUGCGUUAAGGGUAUAUAUCGACCGAGAUGAUUCAACUUAAGACGAUGCUUAAUUGCAUCGACAACUCGGGUGCCGCCUUAGUCGAAUGCGCUCUAGUCAUCGGCCAGAAGAGACAUGCUACGAUCGGUGACAGGAUAGUAGCUAUCGUCCAGAAGCAACGAGGAGCUAGCGACGCCGGUAUGAGUACUGCAUCUGCCACGAACAAGGUGAAGCGCGGCGACAUUAGACACGCUAUCAUCGUCCGUACCAGGAAACAAGUCCAGCGUCCCGACGGCAGCGUUGUGCGUUUCGACGACAAUGCUUGCGUCUUAAUCAACAAGGCGGGAGAUCCAAUUGGCACUCGUGUAAACGGUGUAGUGGGAACGGAAUUGAGGAGACGCGGAUGGAGCAAGAUCUUGAGUAUGGCGCCUGCUCAUGCGUAGAUGUUAUCUCAGAAGGAAAUAUACCUGGACGAUAUGAGAGUACGAAUAACGUGAAUGGACAAGGGCAUAUAAAACCGAUACCGAUAAACAAUAAAAAUGGUCUUAAAAUCCGGUAAAGGAUGGCAGAUGGACAGGCAUUACUAGGUCACAAGUUGUACCAAUCUUGUACUAUAUGUAACGCGCAUGGAGAAGGCAUUGGAAGGGUGUACUGGCACAACUCGGAGACUAGCUUGCACAUAAUGCCGAAAUCGUAAUUUACUCCCCUGAUCGAAUUUACGAAAUAUGAAGUUAUCACGCUACAUUGUUGAUAGUACUUAUUUUGCUUGUACUACAGAUUCCAC